GGUAAAGCGAUAGGGAAGUUAAGAACACAUAAUGAUGCAAAGAUAUCUGUUAAAGCCAAAGAACUCGUGAAGAAAUGGAAAGAUGAUGUAGUUCAAGCCCAAAAGAACAGUAACGGCAAUAGCAAAACAACGUCGGUCUCAUCAUCGAGAGCUUCUACACCAAAAUCUGCUACACCUUCUCGACAAUCUUCUCUCACAACACCUACCUCCAACAAAUCCUCACCUUCUUCUUCCCAAGUCUCAUCACCUAGAACGCCUUCUGUAGAGCCCACUGCACGAACUGUCAAAUCAGACGAAGUAACAUUUAAAUCAACAGGAAAUAGCCCGCGUGACAGGACGAUUGAGUUAAUGUAUGCUUCAGUUGGGUUAGGAAGCGGUGCAGACUCGUCUUUGUUAUUAAAACGCGCCAUUGCUAUUGAAAACGAACUCUACGCUGAAUAUGGAGAUAUCAAUCAAGAAUACAAAAACAAAGCACGUUCAUUAGCCCUGAAUCUUAAAAACAAAAGCAAUCCUGGAUUACGUGAAAGUGUUGUAAGCGGUGAAUUAUCAGUAGCGAAACUAUGUAAAAUGACAGUUGACCAGCUUGCAUCGGAAGAAGCCAAAGCUCGUGAUCGCAAAUUAGCUGAAGAAGCCCUUUUCAAAGCUAGAGGAGCUACAUCAGCGCAAGCAGAAACUGAUAUGUUCAAGUGUGGUAAAUGUGGCGGGAGAAAGUGUACUUAUUUCCAAAUGCAAACGAGAAGUGCAGAUGAACCUAUGACGACAUUUGUAACUUGUGUUAGUUGCGGUAACCAUUGGAAGUUCUGCUAA